UCGCUAUGGUCACACUGCUGCAAAGUCGAGCAAGACGGAUUCGUGUGUUGGUGAAACCCCGUGAGUUUUUCGUACUCGCAUUUAAAGAAAACCCCUCAACGCCCGUGGAAUAGUCAAUAAAUUGAUUGGAGAGCCCAAUCAGCCCCUGUUUCGACCCAGUGUACGCGUGUGCAGCGAGUUAAGAUCUCCACCGAUCGAUCAAUUCGUAUUGAAAAAAGGUAAAUCGACGUCGACGACUGCGGAAUACCUAAGAGCCAAAGCAGCGAAAGAAUAAAGAAACAAGGAAACAUUUGCACGCCAGCGGAGCAACUGCACCAGAGCACCACCAGCGGACAAGAAAAACCACUUCAACAAAAGAGGAUAACAUACUGGAAGUGCUCCACUCGCAUCGUACACACACACACAAACUCACUCCUGCCCAGCAACAUACACACACAUACACACAUCCAAGAGUGUACGUGCCCGAUGGUGGGAAAGUAAACCGACAUCUUUUUACGACCGCCGAGAGUUUUGCAAUCAGAAGAAGUCGGAGAGCCGAGCCGAGUCGAUCGGUCAGCCCUUUGAUAAGCCAGAGAGAAGGGAGCAGCUCAGCUCUGCUCAGUUCAGUUCAGUUCAGUUCAGCUCACCGCAGCUCAACUCAGCUCGGCACAGAGAAGUGGAGAAUAAGAGAGGAACAGGUUGCCAAGUCGAACGCGCAACGAAUUUGGAAAUCGAGACAGCCGAAAGUGCGUGAGCGUGAUCGUUUGUACGUAGCCCCCGAAAAAGUUCAAAAAUAACAGAAAAAUACAGAUACCCGCAGAUCCGGACACGCAUUUAGGCCAGACCAGCUUGAAGGGUUUCCAGCCCAAGCCCAUGAGCAGCUGAGCCAGCGGCAGCAGCUAAAACGGAAACCAGACUUCAACCUUGAACACCCGAUCCAAGCCGAAUCCAAAUGAAAACGUUAGUGCUCAGUCCGGAGGACCUGCAGAACUUCAACAAGUUCAUCUAUGACCCAAAGUCGGCCGCCCAGCUGGCCGCCAGUGCUGGUGCAAUUGGAGCAGCGGCGGCGGCAGCAGCAGCGGUCCAUGGUCCGCCCGCUGGCACCACAGUACAGCUGCUGCAGGGCGGCGGAGUCAACGGAUCGAUCAAUCCGGGCGUAGUGCCCGUUUCCGUGCCCGUACCCACCAGCACAGCCAACAGUGCCAACAAUCUGAUGGCGCUGCACUACUACCUGAAGCAUCCCGGUAUCCAGCAGAUGCCCAUCCCACAGCAGCAACAUUCGCAGCAGCAUCAGCAGCAACAGCAACACCACCAGCAGCAUCAGCAACAGUUGUUGGCCCAGUCACAGACGCAGCUUAAACAGCUGCAGCUCAAGCAGCCGACGAUCCACCAGCAUCAGCAGCACAUCAGCUACCACCACCAUCCAUACUACCAGCAGCAGCCGCAGCAGGCACCGCCACCGCAACCACAGCCUCUGAAAAGCCAGCCACAGUCGCACCUGCCCGUUCACGCCCUCAAUCAGAACUCUAACUUCUCGGCGGCCAGUUCCAGUACGGGCGGCACUGCCUCCAGCCAUGCGCCCACCCAGCAGUCGAAUGGAUCCAGCGUAUCACCCACCAUUGUGUCGAGGGUGGCGGCCGUUGGGACACCCAGUAGCAGCAAUAUUGCAGCCGCGGCCAAUGCUCUUCUACGGGCAUCGGCCGCCACCACAGCUCCGAGCUCCUCCGCCUCGUCGUCCUCUUCGUCCUCAUCCGCGUCGUCGAGCUCUUCGUCCAGCAGCUCCUCCUCCAGCGCCAGCAGUUCAGCGAACUGCGCCAAAAAGCUGAAGACGGAACCAAUACUGUCGCAGUACAAUCAAACGGAGCGCCUUAAUUUUGCCAACACGUAUAUCGUGUGGAGCGAAGAGCAUUGGCGACGGGUGGUGUUCCACGACGAGCGUAGGUUCAAUCUGGACGGACCUGAUGGCUUCUCAUACUAUUUCCACGAUUUGCGCAACUACGAGCGAACGCUGUCGCAGCGGCCGCGAGGCAACUCGGUAUACAUUUACCUGAUGGUCUGCGUGGGAGGAGCCGUGUUUCUGGAGGUGUCAUCCGCCAAACAGCGACCAGAAUCUUGUAUCGAGGCCAUCAUGCGGGAGCGGCCCAAUAUUGUUACCAAAUUGGGCGGCAACUCGGAGUUUGUGUUGCAGGAUCACAAUUGGAUGUCGCACGCCCUGCCCACCGCCCAGGAUCUUCUGAAUGCCGAAGGCCUCAAGACCCAAAAGUGGCCCACCAUUGCCCAUGAUUUGAACAUCAUGGAGAACGUGUGGGGCUGGCUUAUACGCGAGGUGUUCGACGGUGGACGAAAGUUUUCGCGUAAGGACGACUUGAUAUUCCGCAUCAAGGAGGCGUGGUCCCGCCUGCCACUCGACCUGAUCACCAACCUGUACAGCACGCUUCCGGAACGAAUCACGGAGCUCUACUACACACAGGGCGUCUACACGAAUUGUUGACACCGGCAUCCAGAGCAACCAGGGUGUGGACAGGGCUCAGGGCACUUGACCGCUUUGGCGGUCGUGCAGGCGGACAAUGAACGUGUUCCAGAACCUGAUCCGAGGAGUAGGCGCUCCUCGGCGUCUGUCAGAGGCCGGAGAGCGAAGGAAGAAAAUCUUUAUAUACAAUUUAACUUAACUUUUUGUGUAUAGCUUUAAGAUGUGUGCAAAGGAGCUGACGGGACUGCUUGGAGACCGACGGACUGAAAGCGAGAAAGACAGACGAUUAGCCGGACAGACGGACGCACCGACUUUGGUUAUAAGUUAUACAGUUUUUUAGUUAUCUAAACAAUUAUGAAAAGCAGCAAGCAGCAGAUUGUGGGCAGAACACUCGUUAAGUGUUGCCAUAUCGCUUUGUAAUUAGUGUUUUUAUCCCGCCCCUAAUCCCAAAUUCCCCCUAAAAACCACCCUUCUCCCCAGAAACCCUCGUUAUUCGUAAGCCUUAAUUUAAGUUGUCGUUUUCCUUUUUACCCCCACGUCCCAAUCUAUUAAGAAUAUAACAAAUAUAUUAGUUACAAACAAGUUUAUUUGAACUUAA